GGCUUUUCAAAUCCGACGCGCCCUUUUUCCUCAUUUAGGUUUUAUUUUUUAGUUUACAGUUCACCACUUGGAAGAAUUUGUCAGUGAUCUAUAGCCAUGGACGAAGCCGUUAAACAUCAACUACAGGAAAAUGGCAGACGCUACCAACGAUCCCUGGAAAGAAUCGCUGAAAAGUAUUCCAAGAUUCAACAAUAUGGAGACGAUGCAAUAGAAGUGGACUUCAACAAUACCCAUAUAGAAACGUUACAGCAUUAUAUGACACUGUCAAAGAAGAAUGUCGACACAUUUUCUAAGGGAUUUGCUGAUUUAAAAGAGAAAUCGCUAUCAUUGCAAAACAGCAGAGAAUCCCAGGUGGAUUACACAUAUAAGGAGAGAACCGACUGCUUUGAAACCAUCUGCUUAUCAGACGAUGACAUAGAAAAUGAAGCCACAAAUCAUACUGUGAACCCCCUUGAUGAAAGUCUCAGAAACUACACAGUCAUGUCUGACCAACCAGAAGAUCAAGAUGAACAGUUGGAAAUGUCUCUCCGGAGUCAGGGCAGCUCUUUGGUAGACCUCUACCCAAACAUGAUCAGUCAAAUCGGGGAGGCCUGGCGACGACAACACGUCUCUAAUGUGGCUGACUCGGUGGUGAGGAGGUACCGUAGAUGGCAUAAAUCAAACAGGACACCACUCACCAACUCUUUCCACAUUCCACAAAGACCUAAGAAUCAAAGACGAAGGGACAUUUUCAACAAGCAACACCAUAAUCCCAAAAGCCCUGUAAAACCCUUUCCUCUACAAUAAUUAAAGCUGGUUCACCGUCUCCUGUUAAGACGGCAACUAAUGGGCAGAAAUCGCAGUACUAUUGCUCUCUUAUGAAACGAAAAGAGGUGCCUGCCACUCCAAUCGUCAUGGAAUCGUCUGCUUUCAGUGAACAGCAUGGAAGAGAGCUUAACAAAACCUUUACUGUGUAUGAGCCAUCUUUGAGCUACUCCACUUACACCUCUAGUCCCUCAAGCUCUUACUAUCUCCCAAAUAGGCUAUCCCAGGAUAUCUCCUUUAGGAUGAAGGAAUCUUGUGUGUCUCCAUGUCACAUGCAAGGUAACUGCUCUGGGUAUGCAGCAGAAAACUCACUGUUCAAAGAGAGGCAUGAAACAUAUUCAUCUCCUGUCAGACAAAGCCCUCACAAAUCCAGGUUAGCAAGCAGGAACACCUUCAGUGAACAGAUUGACAUCUAUGGAUCCCCUGUGAGAAAAAGUCCUUUCAAGUUACACACCAGCAGGGAAAGUCCUCGGCAAUCACCUUAUGCUCAUGUUGCAAGCCCUAAAUCAUCAUAUAUGAAGCAAAGUAUCUCCCGAGAGGAGAGGAGUAGAUUCAAUUCAGCAUCUAACUGUGUCUCAUCUAUGUCACCAAAGAUUACAUUAUCCAGGAGGAAUCUUGAUUAUUCAGAUUUGCGGCUCUCCACUCAGCUGGCUUCACCUCAAAUGGGCACAUCAGGAAGACAACACCAUGGACUUCGCCGCUGCCUUUCUUUUGAUUCCUCUUCUCUGACAUUGAACCGUGAGCCUUAUACUACGAAGGACCUUGACAAUGACUUCACAAAACUGUACCACAAACUCGUCUGCCUGAACAAGUCUAUGCACUUGCAAGGCCAUCCCUGCCGAUUUUGUGUGAAGAACUCAGAAACCAGCAGGGGGCACUCUGUUAACAAUUUGGCAGCGCUUGCUUUGUCACCACAUCGUCCACUUCUGAGAAAACGCCAUAGGGAUUUGGACAGUUAUCCCCAAUCCAAGCGCUUCAAGGAUGGCCUCUAAUAAGUGGGUCAAAAACCUGUUGUGUGUUUUUUUUUUUUUUGCUUCACUAAAGUUCAACUGGGGAAGCAAAUAAUCAGAAGAAACUUUUUUUUUUGUUAAAGUUUAUGUUAACAAUGAUUACAACGUAAACAUUUUAAGAAACUAAAUGCAAGUUCUACAAAUGCAGGUUCUACUAAUAGUCAAAUGAUACAGCCUGUUUGGCUUGUUUGAUAAACAUGUUUUGUUAACAUCUACAGACAGAUGCCAUAAUAAAAGUACACUUCAAACCUUU